AUGGCCCCUCCCAAGCGCGCUUUGUUCUCUCUAAACCUCGAUACCGACGCCGACCACGUGUACCAGAAAGUUGAAGACCACAGCAAGGACGGGACAGAUAGAGUCAAAGUCAUUGAAAGCAAAGGACCAACACACGGACAUACUGAUCUGAGCUACGUGACGAAACCGUUUGAGAAGACUGUCAAUCGCGCGGUCAACGAGGUCAUUGAAGGAAGUGGACGCAAAAGGGUCACGUAUCGUAUUCGACAAACAGAACGGAACGACGAAGUGGUGGAACAAGAAACCAAGACGAAGAAGAAGAACGCGAUCGAAGCCGCUUGA